GUUUAAGAAAAAACUAAAUCACGGAAGAGAUUAUUUAGCCCUAGUUUGGCAAGUCUCUUUUGUGGUCUCAAAGCAGCGGAGAUAGACGGAAAAGUAACACAAAGUUGGGCACAUUUGAACUGUUCGCUUGUCCUGUAGGAAGUAUAUGAGAGAGAGAGAGCAGUCAUGGAGUCGGCCAUUCAGACGGUAGUGGGUGUCUUCCUGAAGUCAGCCAAGGGGAAGGAGAGUUUGGGAGGGAAUGACUUCCAGAAGCUGGUGAAGAGCCAGCUCCACAACAUCAUGAUGGACACAGACAGCUCCGAGGCAGUGAAGAAAAUGCAACAGGGCCUGGACGCCAACCAGGACGGUAAAGUCAACUUUGAGGAGUACAUGAAGCUGGUGGGCUACCUAGCAACCUCCCUGAGUGUGCAAUGCACCGCUGCCGUGGAGACGCCAGCCGAGAGUGCGGCCGCCACAACGGAGACCAAGAGUGCACCAGCAGCAGCAGAGGUAAAGGAAGAGAAGGCAGAAGCGGAGGCACAGCCAGAGGAGGCACAGGCAGAGCCAGAGGCAGCCACAGCUGUAGAGGCACCAGCAGAGGCAGCCACAGAAGCAGCCGUAGAGAAAGAGAAGGUUGAAGAGGCAGAAAAGGUGGAAAAGGUGGAGGAUCCAGCACCAGCAGCAACCGAGGAGGAGAAGACAGAGGAGGCCUCAUAGAAGUUUACCACUGGUCCUGUCCGGACAUUACAAUACACACCAACACCAAACUGGUACACACCUCACUACCCUAAUACACACUACAGUACACUAUACAACCCACCCUUCAAACAGAGUGCUAAUACCAUAAUAAUAAUAAUAAUAAUAAUAAUAAUAAUAAUAAUAAUAAUACCAUGCAACAUUACAGUAUAUGUUGCAACCCCACAAUAACACAUUUAUUUUCAUACACACAUACGUAAACCCAGUAUUUGGUACUAAAAUACACGACACACAGCAACAUACUAUAAACCCCAAUCCAUAUUUUCUUGAUAUACACUACCAUUCAAAAGUUUGGGGUCACUUGGAAAUGUCCUUGUUUUCGAAAGAAAUUCAAUUUUUAU